AUGAUUUCAUAUUUUCAGGAGGAGGGUGUGCAUGAUGCGUUGGAACUGGAGGUCGAGGUCAAGGUCGGAAAGAGGGGUGUGAAUGUAGCAGAGCUUCGGAGACCUUUUGGCAAUGAUGUGAUAGACAAGUCUUUCAAGCCAUGGAAUAUUCUCAUGAGCAAGGUCUUGUACCCCCCGAUUCAGAGCUUGAUUCUGGCGUGUGAGAGUCCACAAAAAGGCUGGAAAAUAGUGACAGAGUUCUAUCAGGAGAAGAAGCAGUCAGAAAAGUCGAGGUUGGAGCAGGACUGGAAGGAGUUGGAGAAGAAAGCGUCUGAGAGUCCACAGGACUAUAUUGCCCGGGCAGAAGCCCUUCGCUUGCGUCUAGCGUCUGUAGGCAUGAUUAAGGAUGAAACAGAUGCCAACAAAGAGAUUGCUCGUGGCCUUCCCUCUUCGUACGUCGUGCACAAAGGAAUACUGCUUGCCCACGAUGUCCUGACGUUGCGUACCCUUGAGACUGUGGUGAGGGACGCCCACGUGGAGAUGGAGCGCGAGAGGAGCAAGGGGGAGAGGCGCGAGGUGGAGCUUGCUCUCGCCGCGUCCGGCAUGGGCCGGCGCGGCGGGGGCAGUGGGGGGACAUCCGGAGACGGCGGUCACGUAGCAGCUGGCGGCCAAGAUCGAGACGGCGAGAAGAAAAAGGGUGACGUGUUCAACGACGACCCCGGCGGGUUUUGCCGCUACCACCAGUCCGAGCUUCACACCAACGAGCAGUGUCGUCUCCAGCAGCAACUGCGGCGCGCGCGUUCGAGAGAGGGCGCCGAGGAACGCCGCUCGGGCGGCGGCAGCCGCGGUGGCGGAGGUAGCCAGCGAGGGGGUAGAUCGCCGCCGGGGCCCGGCCGCGGUGGCGGGCGAUAG